UUUCUUUCAGUGAAAUCCACCGGAAAUCCAGCGCGGUAUCAAAGAGAUUCAAGAAAUUUUGUUGUAAAUUUACAAGUGUGGAAUAUUUAUUGUCAAUCAGAUUCAGAUACCAAAAAUAGACUGAAAAGGACUAAGUGCCGUGCAAUUAAAUAUAAACUCCCCAAAUAGGCCAAGGGAGACUAAAUUGGUAUUCUUAUUGGAUUGAUUUUUGUAAAUAUAAACGAAAAAUGAGUUAUGACGACCGAACACAAUUGGCUCAUCGGCAGCACGUUAAAUACUUUAUGAGAUUUUUAAAUAUUUUACCAUCAUCGUUGUCAUCACAUGAUACAACAAGAGUCACAAUUGCAUACUUUUCUGUUUCGGGCUUAGAUGUGCUCGGGUCGAUAUCAUCUAUUUCAUUGGAGCUGAGAUCUAGAAUAAUUGAUUGGAUAUACUUGUUACAGGUGCCUCCUAAUAAAAACAAUGGAGACAUGUCUUCAUGUGGCUUCCAAGGAUCGUCAACUGUCAACAUUGAUUUAGACGACAUAAACAAUCAUUACAAAUGUGGACAUCUAGCUAUGACUUAUACUGGGUUAUGUAUUCUUUUGGCGCUCGGUGAUGAUCUGUCCAGAAUUAACAGGAAAGCUUUGGUUGCUGGCGUGAAAGCCUUACAAACGGAGGAAGGUAAUUUCUCCGCAACGUUAUCUGGCUGCGAGUCGGAUAUGCGAUUCGUUUAUUGCGCAGCGUGUAUCAGCUAUAUACUCGACGAUUGGUCAGGUUUCAAUAUACAGAAAGCCACAGAAUACAUUCUUAAAUCUAUUAAUUACGACUUCGGCAUCGCCCAGUGUCCCGAGCUGGAAUCUCACGGCGGCACCACUUACUGCGCCCUCGCUACCCUCAGCCUCACCAACCAAUUGGACAAGCUAUCCAUAGAACAAGUAGAAGGUCUCAAACGCUGGCUGCUAUUCAGGCAAGUGGAUGGCUUUCAAGGAAGGCCUAAUAAAUCUGUAGACACGUGUUACAGUUUCUGGGUGGGGGCUUCUUUAAAGAUAUUAGAUAUGUUGCACAUGACCAACUACGGAAACAAUAGAAAAUACGUUUAUGAAACGCAAGACUGUGUAGUGGGAGGUUUUUCAAAAUGGCCGGACACUUGCACAGACCCUAUGCACACUUACCUCGGAUUAGCUGGUCUAAGUCUAAUAGGAGAGAAUGGCUUAUUGGAAAUUGUGCCAGCUCUGAAUAUUACUAAUAGAGCAUAUGAACACCUCAAGACGGUGCAUCAAAAAUGGGCCAGUGAACUAAUAGAACUGUGAAAUAAAGUGUUCCAUUUAAUAUUAAGAUUUUGUUACUUUUAUGUACUUGUUUUGAUAUUUGUAUUUUUAUAUACCCACAGCAUCACGUCAGUACAAUAUAUAACAUUUUUGCUGUUCGUUUUCAAUGCUACUCUCAGUGUAGUGAUGUUUGAAUUUAAGUGGAAUUUAACUGGUCUAUUGCUACAGUCAAAAGAAUGCCAGAUUGCUCAGUGGACUAACACAUGCUACUGAGUAUCUAAGUUGCGAUGUUUGCUUGUUUUUGAAUGUUUUCGUUUGGUUGAUUUAAAAUUUUAUAGAACGGCAAUUAAAUAAGACAUACAUCUGUAUGAAUAAAAGGUUUAUUGGUCCAUGCAUGUUUGACUCCAAAUGCGUCGCUUAAUUUCUUAUAGAACGGCCGUCGAAAGUAUGUGUUUUCAGAAACAUCACAUUUACAUUUUUAGUCGAGCUAUCAGUAGCUCGACUAAAAAUGUAUAAAAAUAUCCUCAAGAAUAUUAAAAUCGUUGAAACCAACAUUACUGUAUCACCUGAGAACAGGCAAUUAUAACAAUUAAAUAAUACAUAUUUAAUAUAUAUACAUAUUUCUCUCAAUACAUUAUUAUUGCUAAGUACAACAAUUAAAAAUAAUAGACAGUAUCUCUUUAAGCAACUCUGAAUCUGAUUCAACUUAAUCAUAAGAUAUUUAUCAUAAACUUUAUUUUAAUUUCCGGGUUGAUUUUUUAAAUACAUUUUCUUUACGAAAAUAGAUAGUCUAAUAAGUAUCAGUGUACUACAACGAAACCACUAGUCAUGAGUAUUUGGCAGGUGUCAGAUACGCAUUCUCUCGGCGGCCGCAAUUGGGAUGAUGUCUGGGUAAAAAACGGUAAUUCCGUCAGUCAGAUAAUAAAAAAAAAUAUUAGAUACGUAUUUUUUACUUCAAUUUAGCAAGAAAUAGCUUAGAAAGCAGGCAUUUGAGGAGUGGCAUAAUGAGAUAUUUUAACUCAAAAAUAAAAAAAUACUUGUAUAAUAUUUUUCAAUAAUUUACCUCACGGACAAACAAAGAAAAAUUAGUCGUCGUCCCUAUUGUCUGCAGGCCAUUUCUGAUAAUGUUUACGUAAUAAUUGCAUCUCAAUAGAAUCUCAACAACUUGCAUUAUGUCAUUGUACUAUCUACCUUAAUUCCAGUGUUAUGGACUAUCUGUCACCAUUGAUGUGUGAGCAAGACAUUGCACUAAUAAUUUGGACUUUAGAAAGAUAGUAAAAAGGGAAAAUGGAAGUUAUUAAAUUUUAUUGAGAAGCCAUUGUUACUUGAAAAUUGUCAACAGCAGGCCUGCUGUUCUGACGUUAUGCGACGUAUUUUCCGUCAUAUAUGCACGCGCCCUAAAGAUUACACUCUACCAUAAUAAGUUAAUGAUGACAUUAAUUACAAUAAAAUUUAUAAAAUGUAACGCAUGAGGUAAAUCGAUCUUAUAAUAACAUUAGUUAUACAAAUGCAGUACAAAGUUUUAACAUUAUAUAUGCCCUUAAAACAUAAAGUAAUACCUAGUUUAUGUAAUACAAAUUUCAUAAUGAGUGCUUAAUCCCAGUGAUCGAUAAUACAAAAUGUAUGUCACAUUUUAUUUAGAAGUCAUUGGUGGUGUAUGUCUAUUGGAAAUUUCCAAGAAAAAAGUGAAAUCUCACACAUUUAAAAUUGAGUACCCUACUCUUCUUGCAACACCUGAAUUUGCAACGCGGUCAUUAAACCAUUUUUCUUAAUCAAUACUUUAAAACAUUAAAAAAAGUAUAUACGAUUUGAGAUUUUUUAUAUACAUUUAUUUAUUUUGUUAUCGCAGUAUUAUUUUCGAAUUUCUUUUACGUUAAAUUAAGCAUUUAUAUAAUAUUUUGUACUUACAAGGGUAUAUUGUAAAUGAAUAGGUGCUAAUUUACAAAACUUGGUAGCCGGUACCAAAACGCGUGGAGUAGUUAUACAACGACUUGUUAUAUUGUAAGAAUUACACGAUUAUUUUAUAGUACAAUAUCGGUGUAACUCACAUUGUGCCAUACUAUAAAAUGGCAGCCGUUAAAGGUCGGUACAAAUCUGACGGAAGGGCCAUCGAGUAUCUUAUCCGUCGUUAAGUUAAAUGUCGUCUAUAUAAAAGCGAAAGGACACUCACUUAUCACGAAAUCUCAGAAACUACUAGUGAUAAGAAUUUUAAAUUCUGCAUGGAGGUUUUUUAAGACAUAGGUGUUCACUUAGACAGGAUUUUGCGAAAUCCGGCCCCUAAGGGGUUGUUUCUGGGGUUGAUAGUUUGUGUGAAACUGCUUUACUACAAGUGGUAGGUGUCUCAAAUUUUGCACUGGGGUUCUAUUUAGGACGUAGGUGCUAACCAAGACUCUGAAAUUCGAUCCCUGUGUGUUUUUUCGGUUAACCACGCGGAUGAAAUCGCGGGCAACAAUUAGUAUCACGUAUUUGUCAGUUUUGACGUGACUACGACAGACGACGUGACGUAUCUUCUGUCAUAUAUGUACCGACCCUUAGGUUGAAUAGUUAGGAAUCUAUGAAAUUAUCGCACAAAUAAAAUUUAUAAGUAAUUGUCAAUGUAAUUUAUGAGGUUAUGAAACCUUGAAAUUGGAUAAUGUUGUUUUUACUAGCACUUCGAUUAUUAUAUGUUAAAAGCUACAGUCUGCCGAAUCACUUUAGAGUGACUUCAAUUUAUUAAAAAUUUUAUUAACAUUUACUUUUUUAUUUCAGUGGCGUAUUAUGUUUAGUAUCCAUCGUGUAUUAUUUUUUACGAUUACCACAGCCUUGACAAUAAAUCGUUAUCUAUAUUAAUAUUGUCAAUUAAAUUAUGUAUGUCUAAAGAAGCCACGCAUAUGAGGUUUUAUUCUUUAUCGUUAAAUAUUCGAUGAAUAUAUUUUUUCUCAGUUUGAUAAUUGCAAUUUUACUCGACUGUAUUAAUACGUUUUUCAAAUUAUUUGUAACUUAUUUUGACCAUUUUAUGAUUUCUUUUUCUUAAAAAAUAGUUUCAACUCUCAACUCUUAAAAUAGCUUUAUUUAUUUAAAUAAAAUUAGAGAAACAGGAGUUAAAUUAACACAAAAUUUUACUAGCUAUUCAUUAGUGCUUGCAUUUUUUCAUACAAAUUAAAACAAUAGCUAUAUAAUCUGCUAUAUUUCGUUUAACUACUCUUUAAUGUUACCUAUACGAAAAUUAUGUGUGAUUGAUACACAACCCCUAAUUCAAACACUGAAUAUUUUUUUCAUAUUUGUACACAUUUACAAAUUUGUAUAUCUAAUACAAAUAAUUUGUGAAUCUUUUUGUUUGUAAAUUAAUAAAUUACGAGUGCUAAUGGCUUGUAAAUUGUUACUAUACGCAUUUAUUUGUUUAUUUAUUGUGUAUAAAUUAUGAAAGUUAUUAAAAAAACAUUUGGAUUAUC